AUGGUAACAAUUUGUAAACAAAUGGCAAAAAGUACUUGUUAUAAAAUUAUGUUCGUUAUGGGCGUCAUUGACAUUGCAGCAAUUUUAUUCGUUGGACAUUUAACAGGAUAUUUGGGAUAUCUUGGAUAUGUUUAUUGUUCUUCACCAGAAUUUAUUUAUUUUGCCGGGGCCUAUGUAUCCUUUUGCUGGUAUACUGAAUCAACAAUAGAAGUAAUUUUAGCUAUCAAUCGUUGCAUUGAACUUUUGUCUUCUGAUAUGGCUACAAAAAUUUUUAAAGGAAAAAAAUUGUAUAUUUGGCUAGUCAUUCCAAUAAUAUAUGGUUUAUCCGUAAUUACAUGGACAAAAACAGUUGCAUUUAGUGGCAUUUACUUUAGCUGGUUCUUCAAUCCACACAUUGGAUAUAUUGAUGAUGUUAACCAAGUAUAUAAUGUCAAUCUUCAUCCAAUCCACGAUUUAGUCCUCAUAUCUUUUCUAUUAAUCACUUACGUAACUUUUUGCGUAAUUUUUUUGUUCAAACAAGGCGGACUUCAAUCUAAUCAACAAAGCUAUUCUGAAAUAAUGAUUUUUCUUCAAGUCUUUUUGAUUAGCUCAUUUAAUACUUUUGCUGCUUUUAUUUUUGUUUUUAUGCAAUAUAUCCACGUCAAUGAAGUUAUUAUUAUAAUUGGUCAAAUUUUAUGGUUAAAUGUACACGGUACUAUAUUAUUAAGUCCAUAA